CACUUGUUCUGAUCAGCUGGAACAAUAACAACAAUAACACAAUCGGUUUGGCGCUCAGAUGACAACUUUUAUGGAUGUACUUCAGUCAAGGUGAUCAACAAGAUGAUCCAUAUCAUUUGUUUAUAGGAUAUGUAGAUUUUUUUUUGUGGGGGAAUUAUUUGCCAUUAUUUCGGUUUUGUCGGAUUGGUUCCUCGGUAUGCUGACCAAACGAGAUGGUGAAGAACUGAGUUGGCUGGUAACGUUACUGCAGCAAGCUAGCUAGCAUUCUAAGGUGCCCUAAUUGUCAUUUGAAAGGAUGCGUAAUAAAUCCAGUUAUUCGUCCAAGGUAGCUAAACUAAAAGUUCAGGUUAGUGCAAUAUUGCGUUAGGAAGAAUACAAACUAUUUAGGUUCCUGAUUUGUUUGUAGCUAAUAUGUUGCUGGUACAUUUAGUCUGAAACUGAAUUGGCUUGUGUCUUCUGUCCCAUCCUAACCCCGAAGCGAACACAACCACUUUUCUUGGCUAACAAUACCAGCUAGGUAGCUAACUAGAGUAGCUAAGUUUUCAAGGAACUCUGCUUGCUAGCAACACAGUAAGCAAAUGAUGAGUUGUGUUUACAAACUGUACCAAAUGAACGUGAUUUUGAUGUCAACCAACGUUAGGUAGCGAAUUAGCAAUUAACAAAGGGAAAGUAGUUGAUAGAUGUGGCCAGGCCUCACCGCACUCUCAUUGUAAAGAUGAAAACAAGAGAUUGCAUAGAAAAGCUAGCAGUGAGUUAGCACGCUAGCUAACAUUGAUGCAUGUUUAUUUCACUUUUGUAAACUAUAGAUAAAUUAUUCAAUAUAACGUUUUAUCUUGUAUAGCUACGGACUGUAACUACAGUUUGUAGCUGUCAAAGCGCAACAACUGUCUCUAAGGUUAUUUUAUAGCUGGCUAAUUGUGAGGAAGCAUUACCAUGCAUUUUUGAUUUUGUGAGUUUUAGUUGUUGAAGCUUGACUGUCAGUAAGCUAAUGCUAAUAGUAGACAUGCUUAACAUCAGUAUUUGUAAACCAACUCUUCUAAUACGUUUGCACUAUUAUUCUCCCAAAUUAGAGAUGAGUUGUGUCAGAAGGUGCUGAAAGUAGCAUAUCAAGCCUUUAGACUUGAAUUCUGCCACAAAAGACAAUUUAGGGGACUAGAGCACUCCGGCUGUGUGUGCCAUGUCAGAGGCACUAGUAUCAGGUCAGACGUCGGAGGAUCUUUUGGCAGACUUUGAGUCUCUUUUGAAUGCUGGGAGUAUUGACCUAUCAGAGAACCACCAGAUAGUCAUAAUUUCUACCCCCAGCAAUGUGGGCUUAAACUCAGCUGUACCCAGCAACACUGGAGAGAUCCUCCUGUUCGCUACCCCCCAAGGCCCUGCGGAUGUGGUCCAGGACCAGCGACGGCCAACUCUGGGACGACCUCCGGUGAAGAGGAAGCUGGACUUGGACAGUGAUCACCAGUAUGUCAGCACCUCUCGCCCACCUUCUCUUGGGAGGGCCCCAACGUCCACACCAGCACCACCCAGAGUUCCAAAGCCUUCGUCAGAGAAGUCUCGCUAUGACACGUCUUUGAACCUGACCACCAAGCGCUUCUUAGACCUGCUAGCCCAGUCUCCUGACGGGGUGGUGGACCUCAACUGGGCCUCACAGGUCCUGGAAGUGCAGAAGAGACGCAUCUAUGACAUCACCAAUGUCUUGGAGGGUAUCCAGCUCAUCUCCAAGAAAUCAAAGAACAACAUACAAUGGCUGGGGAACCGCAUUGAUGGAGCAUCUGUUUCCCGUUACCAGGACCUACAGAAAGAGGUCUCUGAUUUGGCACAGGCUGAGGAGAAACUGGAUGAGCUUAUUACCAAGUGUAACCUCCAGCUCAGACUCCUCACUGAGGAUACCCAGAACAAGAAGCUGGGUUAUUUGAUGUGCCAGGAUCUACGGAAGUCUUUUGACUCUCCUGACCAGCUGGUGAUGGUCAUCAGAGCCCCUCCAGAGACCCAGAUGCAAGUGUCAGAGCCCAGUGAGGGCUAUCAGGUCUCCCUGAAGAGCACCCUGGGUCCCAUUGAUGUCUUCCUGUGUCCAGAGGACAUUUCUGGUGUCUGCAGCCCAGUGACAGGCAUCAGCCCUUCUAAAACCACAUACCAGAUAAUGCCCCAGCCUGCAGAACAACCACAGUGCAGUUCCACACAGGAAAUGACAUCGUCAACAGCUGCGUCCCAACAGAACUCCUCUCCACUGCCAUUGUUUCGUGAAGGGGGAGCAGUCCUGGAAUGUUACCCGUUCACUAACUUGGGAGUGCUGCCAGAAUUUGACCUUUCACCCUUGUCAUCCUCUGACUUCCUCAGUGGGGAGGGCCUUGGUAACCCACUGGAUGGGUUCAUCAACCUGUCCCCUCCACAAACCCACAGCUACCACUUUGGCCUAGAGGAGCAUGAGGGCAUCACUGAACUGUUUGACUCUGACUUUGGAGACUUCACCCCACUAGAGUUGGGGUGGAGAGAAACACCCACAAAACAAGAAUGAGGAUGUAUCUCUAUGGAAACACCCAAUACACACCCUUUUCCCCUCAGAAAAGUAUUCCCACGUGGCUAAAAUACAGAAUUGUACAGCACAGACAGUAAUGGCACUUAAGUCGUCUAGCAAGAGGUUAGCUUUAGAUGGCUAUUUAAUUUAUUUCUAUACAGAUAAUGUUUUUGUACCAAGAAUGUUUUUUUUCUUCUUCCCCUAAGUGGCUUGAGAAGGUGUACUUGUGGGCUAUGGACUUAUCAGCUUGGAAGCUAAUACUGAAUUUGUUAGGUAGGCAUUUUUGCCAUAGUCUCAGGUGUAAGGAAGAGUCAGACUUUUCCGCUAAGAGUUGGGUUUCAGAUGCAUUUUAAGAAGUCUUACAGUAUGUUGGCCAAUGGUAAUGGCAGGAUAUAGCCUAUGUAGGUUAAGAGACCUUUUAUAGAUGAAGUUUGGGAUGGGGGUUGGGAUGUCAUGCCUUAAAGCAGUGGUUCUCAUUCCUGGUCCUGGGAACCCAAGGGGUGCACAUUUUAGUUUUUGCCCUCGCACUACACAUCUGAUUCAAAUCAUCAAAUCCUGGUCCCCAGGACCAGGACUGAGAACCAGUACCUUAAAGGAAAGAUUCACCCAUUUUGAAUGUUAUAUUGUUUUUGUGCAUCUCUGAGCGAUGUUCUAUCGAUUCCUGGGGUCCUUUCAUGUUUUCAUGUCUAUCUAAGCUAUUGUCUUUUCAAUCUUGAGAUGCACAAAAACACUUACAUUCAAAAUGGGCAAACAUUUCCUUUAACAUUGAUUAGAUCUGUUUGGUAAUAUAAUUACCAAUAAGAAAAUAUUAUCUCUUUUAAAACCUGUCCAUAUUGGUCUACAGUUUGAAUAUAUUGUUUUACCAGGCUUUACAUUUGGUUGAUUGUCAGUCAUACAUUAUAUCACAGUUUGUCAUUAUCAUGAACCUUAUCACAGCUCCUUUUCUGCAGGUCUUAUGCAGUGCCUUACAACAACAACAUAAAAGUGUUGGAUGGAUGCAAUUCAGGUGUUAUUCUGUGUCUAUAAUUGAGGUUUUUGAAUGAAAGUGUUAGAUUUGAAUUUCCUAACAGUAAAUUGUGAAUUACUACUAUUUGGGGCUGUCAGGCUACUUACUUUACUUGAGAAUUCAGCCACUGUGUUAAAAGUGCUUAAGGGAAUUUAACUCUGCAGUCAAUUUCACAUUGUUCAGCACUUAGUUUUGUAACAACAUUACAAAAUGAGCUUUUUUUCCCACAAAUUCAGUGGUGAAAAUAAUUACUUGUACCAAUCCGAGUGGUUUAUCAAGCAUGUCUUUUGUAUCAAAUUUGUUUUUUGAAGAAUAAAAACAUUGCUAUAUGG